AUGCUAAGAUCAAUAAAUGCUGUGUUUGGUAACAGGACAGAAUGCUGCAAGCAGUCAGUGAGGUCCUUCCUGUCCUACCUGUGGGAUGUUUACUCUUCAUCCAAACCCGCAGGCAAACACAUCUGGAUGCUGAUGGCUCUUUGUUUCACUUUAGUCGUUGUUACUGGCGGUCUGCUUUACCACUGGCUUUCCAAAACUCUGCAAUAUGAUUACGACGCAUCCCUUCACACAGCGCUGGUUUACAGCGUGGUCACGUUCUUGGCGUCUUUCCUUUGUCAUCCACUGCGUUGUGUGCUAACCAUGAUCCUGCCGACCGUCUGCACCAAGCAGGGCCGCAAACUCCUCAUCUCAGCCUCUGUCAUGAUUGUGGUGCUGAACGUCAUCCCCAACAUUAGCGUGAACGUCGGGGCGGUGGUGCGUACCCUGAAGUGCACCGCUGAGGGCUUUUCAAAGACUUUACUGAACUCAUCCGAGCUUUUAAACACGGCAAGGAAGGACAUCGUUAAGGAAGCCAUUAAAGUGAGGAAGGAGGACCUGAGCAUUGUCACCAACUUACGUAAGUUGAAUAACUUCACACAUUUCGACGUGUCAGAAGUCAAAAGCAGGUUUGCUCAGAUGAUCGGGCAAAUAGAAAUCAACUUUUCACGGAUUAGGACCUUGCUAACAGAAUACAAGCUGCUGUCCAACCGGAUUCUGGCAGCCAUCUUUGUUGCCUUGCUGAUCUUUGAAUCUGCUCGCUACCUGAGAUCUUAUCUGACAUCAAUGAAGUUCGAUAACAACUUCCAACAGCUCCUUCAAAAUGAAGCUCUCAGUGCCACCAAAACAUCUGCUACUUUGGUGGCAAGGUGCAAAAUAAUCAGUCGGGGAUGCACUUCAAGCAUGGUUUCACAGCUGGUGGUGACUUUGUAUUUCACUGCAUUAGCUUUAAUCGUAGCUUUGGACUAUAUUGUGUACCAUGUAGUUCACUUGAUUCUGCCAUUGCUGCUGGACUUUCCUCCCAUGUCUGCCGCCAUCACCAUCAGUUAUAAGGUACAGUGGUUUCCUCCUGCAUUUUGCAUCAUCCCACAAUCCUGCAUCACGCGGCAGCUGACUGACUAUCAUCAAGAGUACAAGUGGAACUUCAGCCCCGAACAGUCGCUGUGUGACGCCACAACUUCAGUGCCCAACGCAGGCAUGACCACGCUCCUGGGAUGUCUGUGGCUGAUGAGCUACAUGCUGGUGUUUGUGGAGGUGUACGCCUUGAGGUUACGCAGGAACAUUUCUGCAUCUUUUUAUAAAAAACAAGAAGAAAGGAGAGUGACUUACUGUAUUGCAAAAGUACAAGAAAAGCAGGAUAUAAAGAAGCAGGAAGAUGUUUCUGUUGAGGUUGUCUGCACAUGAAACUCACAGGGAAGA